CAUGCUGGUUUCUUACGUGCUAACUUCCCUGUUUUCAGUGACGAUGAUGAGGAUGAGGAUGAUGAUGAUGAAGAUGAAACUGAAGCGCUUUUGGCGGAGCUUGAACAAAUUAAGAAGGAAAGGGCUAAAGAGAAAAUGCGAAAGGAUCGACAACAGCAAGAGGAAGAACUGAAAAACAAAGAAGCAGAACUUAUGAGGGGAAACCCUCUAAUUAAUGUUAAUGCUCCAUCUAACUUCAAUGUUAAAAGAAGGUGGGAUGAUGAUGUUGUGUUCAAGAAUCAAGCACGUGGUGAGACGAAAGCAAUUAAACGCUUCAUUAAUGAUACCAUCAGGAGUGAUUUCCACAUGAAAUUUUUACACAAGUACAUGAAGUAAAUUGGAUUAGCCAUUAGAUGAAGAAACUAAUACAAAUUUACAAAUUUA